AUGACGUAAAAAUUGAUUCAUAUCAAAAGAUAGUAUUUGAUCUAAAUUAAUUUACUUCAUAGGGUUUUUAGAAUAAAGAAUAAAUUAAAGUAUUUUGACUUUAUAAAAGCAAAAUCAGUUGAAAAAACUAAAUUUACAACUGGUGAAAAAUUUUCCAAAUAUCACCUAGCACUCUAAGAUUAUAUCCACAUUGUUCAAAUAUUUUAUGAUUAUUUAAUUAAAUAUCGAAAUAUGUAGAAUUAAAAUAUAGGGAAGAUUAUCUAUGAAGUAAGAAAUUAAUAAUGAAUAUGCAGUACCAAAUAUUUUUGAAAGAAGAUUGGCAAAACAAAAUUUCUUAAAAAUUCUGA